CGGCGGCGCCGUUGUCACGUGACGCGGGGUGGCGGCGCGGCGGGCGGCCCUGCUCGCUCCUCCCCGCCGCCCCCCCCCCCCCCCCCCCCACCGGCGGCGCGGGAGGAGCGGCGCGAGCUCUAUGCUGCAGGGGCGGCUGUCCCGGCCCCGUUAUGGCCCCGGCGGUCUGCGGGAUGCUCCUGGGGCUGGCCUUGUACACCGGCAGCCUGCGUGUGGUGAGCGGCGCCGCUUUCCUCUACCACGACUACUGCAUCAUCGGGGCCGGCCCCUCGGGUUUGCAGGCGGCCUAUUUCCUCCAGCAAGCCAGCCGGGAUUACGUCGUCUUCGAGCGGAGCCACGCUCCUGGCAGCUUUUUCGCCCUCUACCCUCGCCACCGCAAGCUCAUCAGCAUCAACAAGCGGUACACGGGCAAAUCCAACAGCGAGUUCAACCUCCGCCACGACUGGAACUCGCUCCUCAGCCACGACCGCCGGCUGCUUUUCCGACGCUACUCCCGCGACUUCUUCCCCGACGCUGACGCGAUGGUGCGUUACCUGGAGGAUUUUGCCGCCCUGCUGAAGCUGCGGGUUCAGUACAACACGGCCAUCGUCCACGUGACGCUGGAGAGGAACACGCAGGCCUGGAACGGCCACUACUUCCUCCUGACCGACCAGGACAGGCAGAACUACAAGUGCAGCUCUUUGUUGGUCGCCACUGGGACAUGGGUCCCCAACGUGGUAAACUUUCCUGGUUCAGAAUAUGUUGAGGGUUACGAGACCGUGUCCAUCAGCCCGGAGGAUUUUGCUGGCCAAACCGUGUUGAUCUUGGGCCGAGGGAACUCGGCCUUUGAGACGGCGGAGAACAUUCUGGGCGUCACGAAUUUCAUCCACAUGGUGAGCCGGUCCCGUGUGCGCCUCUCGUGGGCUACCCACUACGUCGGGGAUCUGAGAGCAAUUAACAACGGCCUGCUGGACACCUACCAGCUGAAAUCUCUGGAUGGGCUUCUGGAGGGUGACCUGGAAGAUCUGGCUAUCAUCAAGGACAAGAAAGGGAAGCUGCACAUCACGCUCCGGUUCUACCUGGAGAACAGGAACACCAGUGCAGGCAUCGACUCCAUCACCCUCCCGCAGGACGAACUGGAUAAUUUUGCCACCCGCGCACCUUACGACCGUGUCAUCCGCUGCCUGGGCUGGAAGUUUGACUUCUCUAUCUAUAACAGAUCCCUUAGAAUGAUGCCAGGAAAAGGGAAUAAAAAGAAGUAUCCUCAGAUCAAACCCAGCUAUGAGUCCAGGGGCACUCGAGGGCUCUUUGUUCUUGGCACUGCUAGCCAUUCUGUUGACUUCAGGAAAUCUGCUGGGGGCUUCAUCCAUGGAUUCCGGUAUACAACUCGCGCAGUCCACCGCCUAUUGGAAAACCGUCACCAUGGUGUUCCCUGGCCAUCCACAGUCUACCCUAUUACACAGCUGACCAAUUCCAUCAUCAAGCGGGUGAACGAGGCCUCGGGCCUCUACCAGAUGUUCAGUGUCCUGGCUGACAUCAUACUGCUGAGAGAGAAUGCCACAGCAUUUGAAUACCUGGAAGAGUACCCGGUUGGAGUCCUGGCCGAGCUGGAAAUGCAGACAGGAAGAAAGGCUCCCAAUGGGCUGUUUGUCAUCAUCAUGGAGUAUGGGAGGAAUUUCUCUGGGGCUGACAAGGAUGUCUUCUACUACAACCGAGCCGUGGGAGAGGCACAGCAUGCCUGGCAGUCCAAUUUUUUGCACCCUGUUAUUUAUUAUUACAAACGCCUCCCAACAGAGCGCGAGAUGAGACUUCGGCCCCCAGAUUGGCCUCUCCCCCGCCCAGAUGCCGUCCAUCACAUUGUGGAGGACUUUCUGACAGACUGGACGGCCCCGAACGCUCACAUCCUGCCACUGAGGCGGUUUUUGGAGAACUGCCUCAGCACUGACCUGCGCAAUUUCUUUGCAGAAUCCUGUUUCCUCUUUGCCUUCACUCGUCAGAAGCUGCCUCCCUUCUGUCGGCAGGGGUACGUGAGAAUGCAAGGGCUCAUGGGGAGCGAGGGGCUCCGCCGCCACGCGGUAGAUGCCGGCCUGCUGGAGGAUUACACUCCCACAGACUAUUCGGGCGACAGCCCUCCUGACAGCCACGAAGGGUCGCAGGACCAGCUGCUGAGAGAUCACGCGAUACCGGUUCGUCCGCUGCAGCAUCUUGUCAACACCAAGGACGAGCUUUAACCUUUCUCGCUCCACACUGAAACCCAUAGGUGCUGUUGUGACAAUAUUGUAAUGGAGAUCCACGGCAGGAUUCUACCCUUUCCCGUGCACCUUUUCCAUCCCCACGCCUUCCACCGACCGCGAGUUGCCAAAGACCUGCUCGGAUCUUGCUGUUACAAAGAGGACCAACGUGCUCUGAAGAAUAAGCGAGGGGCCAAAAUCAGUGACGCUGAGGCUCCCAUGUUGUCCUUGCAGGGUUCAGAGUUGCCUGAAGAUGGUGUUUGUGUUUAUCUCACAGACCAAUAUCUGCAGCGACGUCCAGGGGUCACACGAGAGAGUGCAGGAACCCCUGGGUAACUGAAAAUGUCACGUCCCUCUUCGGAGGUGACCCGCUCGCGCCCUGCGGCAGCCCGGUGCAGGCUCUCUGCUCCCUGGAUGCCGUAUGCUGCGUAUACUUGAAGAUUGUUUGUGCGCUGAAUCCCGAAGCGGUACUCCAGGCAAACUUCCUGGUAUUUUUCCUGCAUUUGAGUUAGGGCAGCUGUGCAGCUUGAGUGGAGAGGGGUGUUUUUUAGUUAUUGUAUAGGUUGGAUAAUUUGUCAUUUCCCAGAGAGCACUACAAGGGACCCUUCCCUCCAUGAAGGAGGAGUUGCUUGCCUGGAAUGCCUGGGACACAGAGAAUUACGCUGAGUUCGGCUCCGCUGUCCUCACGUUUUUCUUCUCCCGCACCAAGCAGCCUGAAAGGUUAGCCCCUGUCUUUUAUAAAGCAUGACCAAUAUUUCUCCUAUUUGCACUAUGUCCCGUCAAGAAAGUUUCAGGUGGACUUUGA